UAAACAACAGAGGUCCCUCUUUUUUUCUUUCUGUUCAUUUUUUAUCAAGUAUUCCUUUUUGGCUUUUAUAUUCGCUUCGUUUCCCAAUCGCUCCGCAUCCGUUCUGUUCAGCAACACAACAACAGGACAGAAGAGAGAUGUAUGAGAUGUAUGUUUCGAAAAACGAUUUCAUUUGCGCUGAGAACUAUGAGCACCAAUCAAUCUAAACAAACAUUGGCCAAAAAAUUGAGUGCCUCUGCGAGGAAGGUACCAGUAAGACUCCAAGACGGAACAAGUUCUAACCUCACCACCGAAAUUAAGGCAAAUACAAAAUCGAACUUGAAGAGAUCAUCUAAGAAUAAAAAUGAUUUGAAAGAUUCAAUAGGAAAAGAGUCAACAACUAAUAAAAUUAAUGCAAUCCCAAAAGAUGUAAUAGAUGUGAAAACUAAGGAGCCCAAAAGAAUUUCCAGAAACAAGGCGGAAAAGGAUUUAAUCGAAGAGAGUCCACUGGAAGUUCUACCCAAUGCUACAAGUUUUCUAAUAAAGCGUCAACAUAAUGUUGAAGUACCAUCUACCUCAGCUUUAUGUGGAAAAGAAGUCGUUAAAAGCCGUAAAAAGUCAACAAAGAAAAGUUCCAAUAAUGAAAUUAAAGAUGAAAUAAAAACAGAACACAGUGUUGAUGUACCAUCGACUUCAAACGUAUUAGAAACUGACACUAAUAAGUCAGUUAAAAAUAAGAAGGUCACAAAAAAAACUCCACAGGAAAACCCCGAAACAUGCAAAGAGGAAAUUGCCGACAAAUGGGAACCAGAAAAUUGGAAAACGAUUUUAGAAAAUAUUCGUAUAAUGCGUUCAAAGGAUAAGGCACCUGUUGAUACCAUGGGUUGUCAUAAAUGUGCCGAUGAAAAUGCAGAUGAAAAGACACAACGUUUUCACAAACUGGUAGCCCUAAUGUUAUCCAGCCAGACGAAAGAUGACACCACCUAUCAUGCUAUGCUGCGUUUGAGAGAGCAUACCUUAACUCCAGAGUCUAUAUGUGAAAUUAAGUUAAAUGUUCUGGAAAAUAUAUUGCAUCCGGUAUCAUUUUAUAAGAACAAAGCAAAAUAUUUACAACAAACAUCUAAAAUACUCAUUGAAAAAUACAAUUCCGACAUUCCGAAUAAUAUAAAAGAACUCGUGGCUCUACCUGGUGUUGGACCGAAAAUGGCUCACAUUUGUAUGGCAACAGCAUGGGAUAUUACCACGGGCAUAGGUGUUGAUGUUCAUGUUCAUCGUAUCUGUAAUCGUUUGCGAUGGUUGCCAAAACCAACAAAAGAACCUGAGGAAACACGAAAAGCCCUAGAGAAUUGGUUGCCUCGUGAUUUGUGGCAGGAGGUUAAUUAUUUGUUAGUGGGAUUUGGUCAAACCAUUUGUACGCCUCUAAGACCGAAAUGUGUAAAAUGUCUCAAUUGCAGUAUAUGCCCAGCGGCACCGAAAACAAAGGACACCGCGGAUAAAAGAGAAAACAACGAAGUUUCGGAAUUGUGUCAAAAGGCUACGUUUAAAAAGAAGAAGAUGCAUAUUUAGUUUCCAUUAUUUAUGUGGUGUAUACAUGUGUUAUAACAAAUCUCAAGGAGAUCGAAUCUUACGUACCGUGUAUGUGAAUAAAAUAAAAAUGUAUAUGUAUUAUUUUUUAGAUUAAUAAUUAAAUCUGACUUAAAAAUUCAACAUGUUUGGUGAUUAUUAAGCGUGCAAACGGAGAUCAAGGAGAUCGAAUUUUACGUACCGUGUAUGUGAAUAAAAUAAAAAUGUAUGUAUAUGUAUAAUUUUUCAGAUUAAUAAUUAAUUCUGACUUAAAAAUUCUACGUAUUUGGUGAUAAUUAAGCGUGCAAACGUGAAGAUAAAUUGUAAAAUGUAGUGGCAAAGAUAAAACGCA